AGCAAACAUUUAUGUUAUGACACACUGAACGGUCCUGCGCAUCAGAGUGUCAUAUAUCUAAUGAAUUUCAAGCAGUGACCUUUACAAUAAAGUUUCAUAACAGAGAGACAACUUUACCCUCUAAAGCAGUCACAGGAAUCUCGCCCUCCUUUUUGGGAUUAUGGUACAGGUUUCAGGAUUACUUAAUCCGUGACGCAGCAGAAUUAGAAGACAGCCCGCAAUCUGCGAGACACACGGCCCAAUGAGAACACUGGCAAGCAUGCUGCGGCUGCCUGUUGUGAAUCGCAGUUUCUUUCCAGCAGCUAUUAUUAGGGGAGGCGCGGCUGCUGCAGCUCACAAUGCUCGCACCGCGUCUACAGCAGCUGCUGCUGCUACCACUAACCUCCUGGAGGUGUUUGUGGAUGGAAAGCCUGUCAUGGUGGAGCCAGGAACCACUGUGUUGCAGGCAUGUGAGAAGGCAGGGAUGCAGAUUCCCCGUUUCUGCUACCACGAGCGCCUGUCAGUUGCUGGAAACUGUCGGAUGUGUCUUGUGGAAAUAGAGAAAGUUCCCAAGCCGGUGGCAGCCUGUGCCAUGCCUGUCAUGAAAGGCUGGAAUAUCCUUACUGAUUCUGACAAAACAAGGAAGGCGAGAGAAGGUGUGAUGGAGUUCCUACUGGCUAACCACCCUCUGGAUUGUCCAAUUUGUGAUCAAGGAGGUGAAUGUGAUCUCCAGGACCAGUCCAUGCAGUUUGGCAGCGACCGAAGCCGCUUCACAGAGGGCAAAAGAGCUGUGGAAGAUAAAAAUAUUGGGCCUCUUAUAAAAACCAUCAUGACCCGUUGUAUUCAGUGCACUCGCUGUGUGCGCUUUGCCAGUGAGAUUGCAGGUGUGGAGGACCUCGGCACCACCGGCAGAGGCAACGACCUCCAGAUUGGGACUUAUGUGGAGAAGAUGUUCAUGUCGGAGUUAUCUGGGAACAUUAUUGAUAUAUGUCCAGUUGGAGCGCUGACGUCUAAGCCUUACGCUUUCACUGCUCGUCCUUGGGAGACCAGGAAAACUGAGUCUAUUGAUGUUCUAGAUGCUGUGGGGAGUAACAUAGUGGUGAGCACUCGUGGUGGGGAAGUGAUGAGGAUUUUACCCCGUCUUCAUGAAGAUAUAAAUGAGGAAUGGAUCUCAGAUAAAACCAGGUUUGCUUAUGAUGGUCUAAAGAGACAGAGGCUUACUCAGCCAAUGGUGAAAAACAAAUCUGGGGAUUUGGUCCCGACAUCGUGGGAAGACGUUCUGACCCGAGUCGCUGGAGCGUUACAAAGCGUCAAAGGAAGCGACAUUGCUGGUGUUGUUGGAGGUCUGGUGGAUGCAGAGGCUCUCGUUUCCCUGAAAGACUUGCUGAACCGUUUGAACAGUGAUAACCUCUGCACUGAGGAGGUGUUUCCCAUGGCUGGAUCUGGAACUGAUCUGCGUUCCAAAUAUCUGCUUAACACUAGCAUUGCUGGCAUUGAAGAGGCUGACGUGCUUCUGCUUGUGGGCACCAACCCUCGCUAUGAGGCGCCUCUCUUCAAUGCACGCAUCAGAAAAAGCUGGCUUCACAAUGAGCUGCACAUAGCUCUAGUGGGCAAGAAAGUGGACCUAAGUUACACUUAUGAUCAUCUUGGAGAGUCUGCCAAAAUCCUGAAAGAAAUUUCUUCAGGAACUCACCCUUUCUCUCAGGUUUUAGCUCAAGCAAAGCGCCCUGUUGUUGUAGUUGGCAGCAGCUGCCUGCAGAGAGAGGACGGGGCUGCGAUAAUGGCUGCUGUGUCAACUAUUGCUAGGAAUGCUCGGGUCAGCAGUGGCCUGCAGGGAACCUGGAAGAUUCUCAAUGUGCUUCAUAGGGUUGCUAGUCAAGUGGCAGCGCUUGAUCUGGGAUACAAGCCAGGUGUUGACUCAAUCUUGAAGAAUCCGCCUAAAAUUUUGUUCUUACUUGGGGCUGAUGCCGGCUGCAUCACUCGCCAAGACCUUGCAAAGGACAGCCUGAUAAUUUAUCAAGGUCACCAUGGUGAUGUGGGUGCCCCGAUAGCUGACAUCAUACUCCCUGGAGCUGCAUAUACAGAAAAAUCAGCUACCUAUGUGAACACAGAGGGCCGUGCACAGCAGACCAAAGUUGCUGUGACUCCUCCUGGCAUGGCCAGGGAGGACUGGAGGAUCAUCAGAGCCAUAUCUGAGCUUGCUGGAGUGACUCUGCCUUAUGACAGUCUUGAUGAAGUACGUGACAGACUGGUUGAGGUCUCCCCUAAUCUGGUUCGAUACGAUGAACUUGAGGAGGCCAACUAUUUUAAGCAGGCCAAUGAACUGUCCAAGGGAGUGAACCAGGCAGUGCUCACUGAAAGCUUAGUUCCCCCACAGCUUACUGUGAAGGACUUUUACAUGACAGAUCCCAUAAGCAGAGCCUCCCAGACCAUGGCAAAAUGUGUGAAAGCUGUCACAGAGGGAGCCCAAGCCGUGGAAGAGCCAGCCAUUUGCUGAAGCACAACAAAUAGCCGUCAAAUGAUACGCACAACUUCUACAUUUGCACUUUUCUAGAUGGAUAUUUUUUUGCACAUCACUGAAGAUGUUCUGUAAUGGAAUGUCAUUGUUUAACCUUUUUCUGUGCAGAGUGAAUAAUAUCACCUCAUAUUUGAUAGAUAUCCUGAAAUCUAUAAAGUAAAAAGAGUAUAUAGUUUAAGUAUAUCAGUGAUUCUUGAGAAUAGGGACAAAACAGGUCCCAUGGAUAAAGUACAAAAUUUGAAUAAAAUAUACACCAAAUAUAUAUUUUUUAAAUAUCUGACUAAACUAACCUGGGUCAUCUGAGCACAACAAUGUAUGUUUUCCUGGUGUUUGCUGAAUAUUUUUUUAUUUUAAACAUUGUAGUAGGUGAAUGGUGUCUGUAAAAGCCCUUGUCCUGGUGUAGAACUCAAUACAUUAUCAUAGUUUAAAAGAACUAAAAUAAUUAUAUUUAGUUGUCAUAAUAUAUUAUUUUAUAAGUAUUCAAACAACUAACUUCAUAACUAUCAAUGAAUGCAAUUAAAAGUCAUUUAAUGUAUUUUCAAAUUCAA